AUGAAGGGACCAGAUGGCGACUCGUGGACACAGUCGCGGCUGAGGGAGAGUCAGAACAAAUGGGCUGAUGAUGUUCGCCACUUUCCUGAAGUGCAUCCCCCAACAUUUAGAGGGACUACGAAUCCCACUGAGGUCGACAAUUGGUUUCAGGCAAUGGAGAGGGCUUUACAAGCACAUCAGGUUUUUGAAGAUCAAUAUGUGGAGUUCCCAACUUACCGGUUAAUGGGUGAAGCUCAAUACUGGUGGGAAAGAACGCAACAUAUUCUACAACCAGACAAUGUUGUGAUAUCCUGGGAUGUGUUUCUGAGUGAAUUUAUAGAAAAUACCAAUUCGGUCAGAACAGCUAAGGAACUUGAAUCACUCCAAUUGAAGCAGGGUCAAAUGUCUGUAGCUGAGUAUACAAAUAAGUUUGAAGAAUUGUGUCGAUUUUCCAAAAUUUGCCAAGGCGCUCCGGGAGACUUUGAAGAAUGA